GCCGGGCCAGGGUGACCCCGCGGCUAGGAGUAGUGAGAGCCUUGAAGUUCCGAGCGCUGCCUCGUCAGCCUUCUGAGCCGCCAUGCUGAGCGCCACGUGCCGCAGGCUCGCCCGGGCGCUGCGGAGGCCCUGCGCACUGUCUGCGGUCGCCGGGAGGUUUCUGCAGGUGCCCGGGGCCAGGCUCUGCUCUGACCAGAGCGAGAGGGCUGAGCAGCCCCACACCUUCCACCCGGCGCUGCUGCAGUUCCUGGUGUGUCCGCUCUCCAAGAAGCCGCUUAGAUAUGAAGCAUCGACAAAUGAAUUGGUUAAUGAAGAGUUGGGAAUAGCAUAUCCAAUCAUUGAUGGGAUCCCUAAUAUGAUACCACAGGCAGCAAGGACCACACGUCAAAAUGAGAAGCAAGAAGAAGCUGAGCAGCCCUAGACCCUGAUUGUUAAAAACAUAACUACUGAGUUCUCUUAAUCCUGUACACCUUUAACACAGGGAGAGAGAGUUGGGGUGGAACAGUAAUUCUGCCUCGGCCUGCUUGACUGUUCUUCCCCUGCCCUCUUUAGCAGGACUAUUCUGAUCUGCUUUUCUGGAGGAGAAUGUCCCACAGGGCUGCACCAGCACAGACCACAGACAGACUUUGAUUUUACAGUGUGCUCUUGCCAACCAACAUGGCAGUGUGUGUGUUCUCCCACCUUUGGAACCAGAAAGGUCUAAAACUCUUUAAGCGUAGUUAAUACAACCAUACCCGGGACAGCACAUGGAUUAAUAAGAGAUCUGCAGCAACAUCUGUGAAAACUACAUAUAAACCCAUUUGAUUUAUAACAUAACAAGAUCUGUUUGUCUUAUUUCUCUCAGGCUUAGGACCAGGAAGCAGGCUGUGGAAGCUUUUUCAUGCAUGUUAUAUCCUUGUUUUUUGAAGAUUUCACUUACAACCACUGUCAGAGGAAGCAUUUCAGUCAUCAGCUGAGGCUUGCUUCAAAUCCCAUUCAUUUGAAAGCUGGUGAUUUCAAGUAUUGUUUAGUUUCAAGGUCAAUGGUAAGCUUAAGUGCUAAGAAAAUUCUGACAUUGUAAACUUGCCUUCAGAACUUUGGUAUUACAUGGUUACAUCAAUAAUAAAACAAGAUGCUCACAGUU